AUGGCCCUUGAAGCGGUGGAUGCUGCGGCAAAGGCUUCGACGACUGCAAAGCGGUUCUCUGCGGCACUUCGCAAUCUGCGUUUGGACCAGACUGGAGGGGCAUACUUUAAUGAGCAGAAAAUGGCAACCAUCUUCCCGUGCGAGUUCCCAGCGCCGCAGCCCACGACCACCUCCCUCGCAAGACUGCACCGCGAAGUCGGAGAGCAGUUUUACCUCGAGAUCUGGGAAGCCGUGAUCGCCGCCGUGGAGGGAUAUUGGAUGGAGGCGGUGCCGGCGUCGACGCCUCCCUCCUACGCGGCAGGACGGAACCCCAGGAUCGACGCCGUCACCAGCUCGCCCGAGCCCGAAGCGCCGCGCCACAGGACCGUGCCCCAGACCGACCCGCUCCGCGACCGCAGAGAGCCCGAGACGCUUCGGGGCUCGAGCUGGACCAAGCAGGCGCGCGUGGAAGAGUCCGUGCUGGAGAUGCGGCAGGACCUGAACGCGAUGCUGCCGCCUGGCGUUUAUGCUCGGCACACAAGGGCCAUCAAGGACUUGGUCUGUCGUGCGCACCGGGCUGUCCUGGCUGCUAUCGAGGCUGAAGAUGACCAGGAUGAGUUGGAGACUGAGGCCUUUGUGAAUCUCACGGCUGAAGAUUUCCAAGACUAG